GCUGGGGGAUCAGCCUCCAGUUCAAGAUUUGAGUCACAAAGAUAGAAUUGGGCCCUGGUGCCCCCUCACCAGUGUGUGUAGUCCCUGUUUCUUCAUUGUUGUCUCUCUUCUUUGAGAGAGCUUUUUGAACAGAAUAUAUCUACACACCACCAGUGGGAUUUAUUCGGUAAAUCAUGCAUUAAAUAAAACAUCAGUUAUUAUUAGUGGGCACCCUACGGUUCUAAGAGUCCCUGCUGGCAAUGACUGCUGAAAAUUGAAGACAUAAUUUUUUACCCAUUUCAAAAUGGGAUACUGUAAUGCAGACUACUGUUGUUGUUGUUUUUUUAAGUGAAAUUCCAAGCCUAUCCUGCAGAAUUGGCUCAACCCACCCCUGGAAUCUGCUCUCCAUCCACCUUGCAACCCUCAAAUGUGCACCAAAUAUUAAAAACAAGUGCUGAGUUUUCAUGCUGGGUGCAUAUCGCCCCAUCUUCUCCCUUCUGGAGACCCAAAGGAUUUUUCAGGAAGGACAUCCUGAGGCAAACAAUAAGAACAAGCUAGAAAUUUCUCAUCUUUGCUGAUAAAUCCGAAAUAACAGAUCUUCCAUCGUGCUUUUCAGACUUGCAAGAUGGAUGUCAGCCUUGUGAGGUAGUCCUGACAAGAGGCACUUGCUCUGUCUUUAUCGUAAGGUUACAUUAACAGAAUCCUGCGAGUCUGAAAGGAUAGGUAGUUCUCGACUUAUGACCACAAUUGAGCAGAACAUUUCUGUUAAGUGCCCCAUUUUAUGACUUUUCUUGCCACAGUUUAUAAGUGAAUCUGGCUUCCCUUUUGACUUUUAGCAGGGAGUUAUGCAGGGACGCUGACAAGAACUUGUGGUUUUAUAUAAAUAAAUGUAUUUACAGUAAAUAAGAGAGACAAACAGGAACAUGGUCAGGUAAAUCAAUACAGCAGGAACACCAUCAGGUAAAUCACAGAAAAGCACACACAGCACAGAGGGAAAAAAGGGGGGAAACAAGGAAAUUCCACUCAGCUCAGAUUCCCUCAUGCGGUGGCCAGCUCUCUUUAACCCAUCAACUGUGGGUUGUGAAUCUUUACACGACCCCCACUGUUCCAGUUAAAAACUUUAAAUAUCUUGACUAGGUGUGGUUUUCAACCUUUCUGGCUUUAAACGCACAUUCAUUUUUCGCUGCACUUGCAAAUGUUUUCAUAGCACUAUAAACACACUCCAAAAGAUUAAAAUAUCACAGGAGAGACAUAACGGAGAAUGUGUUUCUUUAAGGGGUAGCUUUUAAGAUGUCGAUAAUAAACAGGAAGAUAGGAAGGUUAGAGAUAGCCUUUUCUACUCAAGAAUUCUGGCUGGGCUGGAGAACAAGUUUCUGAUUCUAGCUCACAGCAAGUACAAUUCUCAAAUGACACAAUUUUCAACCAUCUGUUGAGGUAGGGAAUCAUAGCAGUUUGUCUCUCAAAAGCCUCCUGAUCACAUUCCUAGCUGUUGCUGCUGUUGUUACAUAUUUCCUUCCAUGAUCAUAUUAUUCCUAUACAAAGGCAUCUCAAAGCCAUUUACAACACAUAAAACCCACCAUCAAAUUUAAUAACGAGAUAUAACACCAAAAGCUAUGUGCAAUAAAUGUGAAGGGGGGGAAGCUGAAUGAAAGGGUGUUAAUCCAGCAUUUAUUCAGAAGAGGUCAAGAGGAAGAGCUUCAACAGAUACCCCAAAACCCAUAUAGUAAAAGCAUUGAAUUUUCCCUCCUCCCUCUGGGUCAGGUGACGUUGUCCCAACCAAGUAGAAAAAUAUUGUUAUGAGAAAGCAUCUCUAGGUCUGGCCAGACACCUGGUGUAAUGUCCUUGAGUCUCACAGUCUGGCUUCUUAAUCUUUGAAGUCUGCAUUCCAAACCUCUCUCCUCCCAGGUUCAUUGGCAAGCUGAGAAGCAAUAUUUGUCGCACCAGCAAAACCGUGCUUCGAAGUUUGACACAGGGUGCCUUAGUCAUUAUUUAACCAUAUGUAAUACUCACCAAAAAUAUAAAAUUAGGUAUUUAUAUUCUCCUCCUUUCCUUUUUUCUACUAUGCUCAUUUUAAAUUACUCCUAGCCAUACUUUCUAAGCAGUGAUGGGAUUCAAAUAACCGGUUCUCUGUGUGGAUGCCGCUUCCAGAAGUCCGUUCUGAGCUACCGGUUCUGCCGAACUGCUGCAAACUGGCUGAAUCCCACCACUGCUUCUAAGGUUCUCUCUCUCUCUCUCUCUCUCUCUCUCUCUCUCUCUCUCUCUCUCUCUCUGUGUGUGUGUGUGUGUGUGUGUGUGUGUGUCUGUGUAUUACAGAUACACAGACAAUGCAUGAUCCAUCUCCACUCAAAAAUGAGACAACGGCAGGCUGCAAAGAAAUACUAGGGCAUUUUAGUACUUUUGGAAGUUUGGCCAUCUCCAGCAUUUCCAAGCCUUUGCAAGAGUCCACUCCCAUCUCACCAGCCUUCCAGGUGCGAAUCGUCCUCUUUGCAGACUUUCCCGCCCCCUGGCGGGAAGGAGACACGCCGAACUGCCAAAUGAAGAACUUGGGAACUUAUCCAGGGAAGAGUUACUCAAACCGGAGAGGAAUAAUAAUAAAAAAAUCUGGGCUCUGAGAGAUUCAGGACCCGGGAGAGCGCACGGCUGGGACGGGGGCUCGGUGGGAAUCCGGGAAGCGAGGGAAAUGGCAACGCCGAAGUGAAGUCCAGUUGCCUCUUGAAAAAAGCACCUUUGGGCAACGGCGAAGUUUUCCUUGAGUUGGAAAGGGCUGUCCGUUGAGGGUCCUCAAGCAGGAGCAGUCAGAGAGUCAAGAACAGUUGCUUAUUUCAGAAAAGACGUUCCAUGAUGCAGCCAAACGAAACGACACGGCGUACAUGGUCAAGCUGAUCAAGAGAGGGGUUGAUGUCAAAGCUAAGAAUAAUAUAGACAGGACUGCUCUCCACUGGGCUGCAGGAGCAGGGCAUGAACAGGCCGUCCGCCUUCUCCUGGAACACGAGGCCUCCGUGAAUGAUGAAGACAGUUUUGGGAUGAGUGCACUUCUUCUAUCUGCUUGGUUCGGUCAUUUACGUGUCCUUCAGAUCCUGGUCAAUGCUGGUGCUAAAAUCAACUGUGUAAAUAAGAAUGGCCACAAUCUCCUACACUGUGCUGCCCAAAGGGGUCAUCUCAGGGUGAUGAAGUUCAUCAUGGAAGAUCUGGAAGACGUGCAGCUGGAUAAGAAAGAUAAGAUGGGCAGGACAGCCCUUCAUUUGGCCGCAGAGAAGGGUCAGCUGGAGGUGGUGGCAUUCCUUCUGAGCCUCGGCUCUUCUCACAGCAUCCAAGACCAGGAGAAGAACACAGCCUUUCAUUUGGCGGCCAUGAAUGGACAUGCAGACAUAUUGCAGAAACUUCUAGAAGCUGGCGCGGACCUGGAAGACAAGAAUGCAGAAGGGAUGACUUCCUUACAUUUAGCUGCUGAGGGAGGACACAAUGAUUGCAUCCAUCUACUUCUGGAAGCUGGCGGUGAAGUCAAUGCCCAAACGCAGAAAAAAAUGACCUGCCUUCAUUAUGCUGCACUGAACGGCUAUGUGGACAUGGCCAAAGACCUCCUUGGUGCAGGAAUCCAGACAGAUGCUCUGAACUACCAAAAUGCAUCAGCUAUGCACAUUGCGGUGCUAAGGAACCACCCAGCCAUUGUCAAACUUCUCAUUGAUGCCGAAUGUGACCUUGAUGUCCUUGAUAAUAGGCAACAGAGUCCUCUUCAUAUUGCUGCAGAAUACGGAAGGCAAGAUAUUGCCGAGUUGAUCCUCAUGGCUGGGGUGAAUUUAAAAUUAACCGACAAGCAAGGAAAAACAUCUCUGGAUGUUGCCGCCCGUGGGAACCACGUCAAUUUGGCUGAUAUGAUCAUCAAAGCGGAUAGGUUUUACAAAUGGGAAAAAGAUAAUCUCAACAGUGAUUCGGACUCCUGGAUAACGGAGCGUUUAACUUUCAAGCAAGACCACCGGCUGGAAACACAACAUAUCCGUUCGGUGAUCUGGCGGCUCGCAACCAAAUACCUCAAGCCCAAUGAGUGGAAGAAACUUGCACAUUAUUGGAAAUUCACAGAGGCGCACAUCAGAGCAAUUGAACACCAGUGGACAGGCACCAAAAGCUACCGAGAACACGGCCAUCGGAUGUUGCUGGUCUGGCUUCAUGGGACCAUCAUGGCAGGAGAAAACCCAGUUAAAGGAUUGUAUGAAGGGCUGGUUAGCAUCGGGAGGAGCGACCUAGCAGAAAGUAUCAGGAAACAAGCAAAUGCAGAUUCCCCUGCAUCUCCAAGGAGGUGUUCAGCCAUGUGAAGACCAAGGUGCUGCAGAACUUGGCUCCGUGUAACUCCUCCAGAGACUUCUUUCAGAGUUUGCAUCAAAGGGCCACCAUUUCCAAGGGCUUCUUCUCGCCAUCCUGAAUGGCAACCUUUCCAAUCCAGGUCAGAUCCACGUAAACCGUCUUGCUUUCCAGGGGUUUGUUCUAAAAUACUGAGAGGCGGGGAUGUUAUGCCUCUCCCUCCCAACAAAUGGACGUAGCCCAAAGAUUUGUGCAGACUUAGGAUGCCAAGAUGAAUAUGCUAAUUGGGAUUACAUUCAUGUGCAUGGGAAGAUUUCCAAAAUUUUCUAGAAACCCACAUCUUUUCCUCCUAAAUUACCUUAAUUUUUUUCACUUCCCCCAGCAGCCUUGGAAAGCUCUUCUUUGGCUAAAUUUCUGGUGACUGUAGGUAUUACAACAUUCAGCUCUUGCCCCAGAUUAUAGCAGAAUGAUCCUCUUAGACUUAACGGAUCUGUCUUGAAAACUCUUGAGUUCACACAGUACAUUCCACCUACAGUAGAAUGUAUUAUUAUCUCCUUUGCUGUAUUAACUGAGCCAUAAGCUUGCCCAAGAUGAGCGAUCAAGCAAAACUUAAACCGCGGUUAAAACUUGCCGCAAUUAGAAUGGAACGCACUUAAAAGCUGCUAGCUUUCUCUAACCUGGUUCAGGGUGCUGUGUGAACAAUCAAGGGAUACGUCUUCUGGAAACAGGGCAAAAAUUACAGUUGCACUAAUACUACUACAACAGCACAAGGCUAUGGAGACCUGGCAACUUCUGCUUUAGUUCAUUGCAUCCUUGUGUUGAACAUUACUCCAAAUCUGGAUGUCCACAUCUGGGGGGGGGGAACAGCUGGCUCAAUCCAUGCGACAUUUAAUACUAGGUGUCCGGGACUUGGCUUGGGAAUGCAAAGGGGAACCAUUCUACUGUUUCAGCCAAAACUGUUAUUUUGAUCCAUGUUAUUUUUUUAUUUUUAUUUUAUAUAUCUCAACUAUGCACAUGGAGCUAGCCAGAGUGGCUGGCUGGCUUCUAUGCCUCAGGCUGGGCCUCUUCAGCCUGGACUGUUUCAGCCCUGGGUCAUUCCCUUCGAAGAAGAGAUUUACACACCGGCUGGCCUACGCUGUGAUUGCCAGAAAAGGCAGUAAGGAUACAGCUCAGAGAUUGGUGCCUGAAGGUGCGCUGCACACGUAGUCCCUUUGGGCAUUGAUUGCUCAUCUUUGGCGAAAGGGAAGGCAAGAAGAUGUUGUUUUAAGUCAUUCCCUACACUUUGAAGUAGCUUCUGCCCAGGAGAUGCAUGAUACCAGUUGCAAGGGAGAAGCUUGGGACUUUCCUGAUCCCAAAAUCCUGGGGAGGACUCCAGGACCAGCAUUCACCCCCGCUUCUGGCUGUACAAUUAUAAGUUCAAAACAUAUUUUUGUUCUUCACCAGUGCUGAUACAACAGUGUUUUAUCUACCGACGGUAUACUUUUCUUAAAUUUGUCAUGAAGUUUUGUAUUUUUAAAGCAACGUCGACACAUCUGGUUUUCAAAUAAAUGGUUUCCCCUUC